GCAAUGUUUUGUAAUGAUAUAAACUCCACUGUCAGGGUCAAAAUUCACUCGUUAACCUGGCGAAGUGAUCUCUAUCUGUCAUACAGUUUUACCGGGUAAAAGUUCAGUGAUGGAUUGACAUUGAUCAAUCUGUUACGUCGCCGUAAUAACAAAUGUUCGCCGCUGGUAUCUUAUAUUUUGUGAUGCAACGAGAACAGUCGCACGUCACUUCGCGUUGAGGAAAGACGUGAAUUGUUAUUCCCAGAUGAAGGUAUGUGUUGACUCAUUCGUUAAGGAAAUGUGAGGUUUGUCAGUGGUGAAGAUAAAUUGUGGGGAGAAUAGUUUGGGUGUAGGAUCGAUAUAAUUGCGUAUUAUGAUUUAUAUUGAGUACCAGUCCAGUUUAAUGACGUGUUAGAGAGGUUUUUUCAACGUUGCGAGGAGCUGAGAGGGAUAUUCCUUUGUCAUGGCUAAGCAGAGCCCGGGAAAAGUGACGUUGGGGAUGAUGAAAGGUAAACCAAUUACGACAUCGGUCCCCGUAAUUCGUUACCACGCAAGUGACGACGAGCUAGAGGAACUCUAUCCCAGUACAGACGAUGAUAAACCAGCAUCAGAGAAUACAACGCCAAACUCGAGUCCAUUCAAGACUGCUAAGUUAAAGUCCGACAGUAAUAACGAUAGCACUGAGGAUAUUUUAGACAAACGUUCAUCUAGUCUCGAUUUCUCCGAGGGAACACCACCAUCAGACCCCUGGAAAAUGCUAUCAGACAUUCGUGGAAAGAUAACAAAGACUUUUGAGGAGAAACUUUCGGAAAUAAAAAGUGAGAAGAGGGAUAAAGCGAAAGGGAGAAGCAGGGAAAACUCCAGCGUCAGUGACCCCGAAGAUGUAGGGGAUAUUACCCCCACCGACAAUGCUGUUUUCGAUAAACUGGAAACAGAAUCCUCGCCCUGUUUAAAGAGACGAAGUCACUCCUCGAGAUUCAGAUUUUCCUCAAUAAAAACCGGAUUAAAAACGAACAACAGGGAGGACAGUGUUGAAAGUGGUGUUGAGGCAGCUGAAGUUGUAGAAGUCGAUGCAAUGACCUUAUCCGAAACAUCGAAUGACCAAACCAUUCAAGUGUCCACGACUAGGACAAUGAAAGAAUUGUCCCAAAGUAUCUGUGCAACGAAAUCACAAAAUGAAAGUGUUAAAAAACCACACAUGAUUUUCAACGAAUUGAAGACGAGUAUAUUGUAUCGUGCAGUUCUAUUACCACUUAUCCUCUUAACUUUUUACAUAAUCCCAUUGCCUCAAUAUAUAAUGGGACUCUUAGCUGGGAUUUUCAUUGCUGUAUCUGUCCAGAGGAUAGUUGCUAGAGUUGCGGAGGUAUUGGAGAUGCCAGUGGAAAAAACAUAUGAGAUUGAGUCACCAAUUUCUGUGCUGGAGAUCCGGGCAGUUGAGGAGCACGCAGUUGUCGAGAGGUUUGAGGGGUGGUUGAAUGAAUUACCUCGUCAUUAUGAUCCUGAGAAUUAUCACGUUGCGAGAACAAAUGCAGUUUACUUCAAGCUGGAGGGGGAGACUUUGAGGAUCAUGGAGACGAGAACGAGGGUUCCUAAGAGAGCUAUUUGGAAUGAGACUCAGCCCACUGCGAGGUUCACCAGGAAGAGGGUUUACUCAUUGGUGGGGGCUACUGUCGAACUGCUUCCUGAGGGACUCACUCGGAGGCGACGGUGGAGCAAAAAGUAUCCUAUUUGUAUCACUUUCUCACCUGCGGGGAUUGGGGAGAGUAUACUGAUGGAGACACCGUCAGACGAUGAACUCCAGGAGUCUGAGAAGGAGAGGGACAGGAUCAUUGUGGAGGAGGACGAAACUGACGAGGAUAUCUCUUUGUCGAAGGAUGUCAAGGACGUGUUCGAGGACUGCCAGGACGAGGAGGACGAGGCUAGGUUCAAGGUCUUUGUUUUCGGCAGGACAGAUAGGCAGAAGGAGGACUGGUAUAGGCGGCUGGUAUCGGCGGCUAAGGCAGCUAACAAGCGGAACUCAAUACCGUCCACCAAAGAGCUGAUGAUAUCAUCGAGCUCUUCAUCCUUAUCACAGACCAAUGGAGAGGCAAAAAAUUUUACUUUGAGUAAUAUAGAUGCUCCACCAGAACUGAAUUAUAAUUCCUACAUGUCCAAAUAUACUGAUAUUCCAUCAACUCCAACGGAUUCAAAUAUAACACCAAACGACAACGAUAUUUUAUGGCUCAAUGCCUUGUUCGGUCGUGUUUUAUUCGACAUGCACAAGUGUCCAGACAUGAUAAACGUGAUUCAGGACAAAAUUCAGAGGAAGCUGUCGAACAUCAAACUACCUUAUUUUAUGGAGAGUUUGAUGAUAUCGGAAUUAGUGAUCGGCCAAGGUGCGCCAUUUAUUCACAAAGCUACUAAGCCGACUGUCGAUGCACGUGGAUUAUGGAUUGAUUUGGACAUUUCGUAUGAUUGCGGUGUGACGAUGACUGUGGAAACCAAGAUUAAUCUAAUGAAGCUAACGAAGGCGGGCUCUGUCUCCAAUAAUUCCAAUGACAGCGGAGGAAGUGAUAAGCCGAUGCCUGCCCGAUCUCCCAUGUUCGAUAGUGAUGUGGAGGACAGUCCAGAGACAUCUACUGAGGAUGAGGAGAGUAUUCCGGUACCAGCUACUUCUUCUAGGGAAUCAACACCAACACAGUCGUCCGGUCGAAAGUUUCUGAGCAUGGUUGACAAAUUGGCAGCGAAUAAAUACUUUCAGCAUGCUGCUGAGUUGUCAUACAUUCGUCGGGCCAUGGAGGGUGUUUCUAAUACCGAGAUCCGGUUGAUGGUCAGCGUGUCUAGCAUUGAAGGAUGUUUAUCCAUUAACAUUCCACCCCCACCAUCCGAUCGCUUGUGGUACGGAUUCAAACCCAUUCCGAAAAUCAAUUUGGAUGCAAGGCCAGCGGUUGGUGAGCGUGCAGUCAAUAUUGGAUACGUAACUAAUUGGAUAAAGACGAAAUUACUGAAGGAAUUUGAUAAAGUGGUUGUAUUACCGAAUAUGGACGAUCUUGUAAUACCAUUAUGCCCAAAUUUCCCGUACCUCCGUUGAUUAAAUUCCAGGGUAAUUACGUGGGAGAGAGACGGAAUGAAAAUGAAGCACACUUUAACUUCAACACAACAUUAUUUUGAUGAAAUGAACUUUUACACACAAUGGAGACUUCAUUUUUUGACACAUUGAAUCUUUUGCAUUAAAACUUUGCCGACAAAUUGUUAAUCUCACAUUCUAAUUACAUGAUUUACAUUUAGAAUUGUACUGAAUUGAAAUGUACCAACUCAAUUAUACAUUGGGCCUUCGGAGUUCCACAUCGUAUAAUUCGUACGUGUCAAUUUUCAAUUUUGUGUGAAAUUCGAGAAAAAUGAAAUCCACUAAUCCGGGCCAAAGUUUUAUGGGUUUUGUAUUGAACUUUCCACAGUAAAUUACAAUUUACUAGGAUUCAACAGGUAAAUUUUGCAAUUGGAAUGUGGGGAUAACUUUUUCUGCAGACAAGGUAAUAAUACAAAUCAUUACAUGUGUCAGAAAUUGAAGGGGUUCCAUUGGGUCGGUGUUGAAGUAAGCCGAAAAUGAUUCAACAAACUCAUUCUGCAGUAGUGAUGAGAGGAGAUAAGUUGUAAAAUUAAUGGGAAUAUUAUUUUGAAAAUAUGUUGGAAAUUCAGAGGUUUAGGAUUUACGAUGAAACCUUUUUUUUCGAGUUUGAAAUCCUCUACAAAAAGUUUCAUUUAUGUAUUUCAAUAAACCUCUUUAUUAGAGAGACGCUCGGAACAUUCCAUGUCAACUCAGCUACUUUGCGUAUUUUGAUAGCUAACUUCCGCCUUGAAAACUGUUGCAAUUUUUGCAUACUUUUAUUAUGCAUCGAAAUUGUCUGUUCAACGGCAUAUGGUUUUUAAACAUAAAAUCGAUAUUCUCAAUAUGAAGAGAUGGGAACGCGAAAAUCCGGUAAUUUUUUACAUGCAGUUAUUCACUUGUAAAAUUACAGUUUUCUGGUCACUCGUUCGUGAUGCAAAUUGAUCGUAAUUUUUUUGAAUUGUCUGUGAUUGCCUCCCAUCGUCAUUUGUAGCACUAGUCAUUUUUUAAAAUUUGAUCUCUCUUCAUUCAUUUCUUCAGAAAUAGGAAUGUGAAUUUGAGGGAAUUUAUAUUGAUUGGGAGUUGUAAGAAAUUACUUGAAAAGUCACAUAGUUUUUUAUUUCUCAUGGAUUUGUUAAUGUUUAAAUCGGAGACGAACAUUCUACGAAAUUUUCAUUUGAUAAAACGUUUCCUUAAUCUUUGUGGUUUAUACAACUAUGCAACGAUUUAAAAUGAUAAUCAUGUCACCUCUGGGUGAAAUACGUAAACUAUGUAGAGAUGCAAAUGUUUCACGUGACCCGUCAUUUGUUAGUCCUGUGUCCGUCAUUGAUGAGGCGUAUAUAACGGCGGUCAUAAUUCUCCCAGUCAUUUUUUAACGACAGCCAUUUUCCAUCUGUAUAGACGGAAUUAAAUUUUCUUCUUUGUCAAUUUUUAUUUCAAUUCAUUUCGUAUUAGCCUAAUGCGAAAAUGUAUUUAAAUUUCAUCUAUAUUUUUGGUUUCAUAUGUAUACCCUCUCGGGUUUUUACAUUUUGUUCCCUUCCCUAUCUGCGUUACCAUGGGCCGACUUACUUUAUCCCCAACUGCACCCCAUUCGGGUUUGGACUGGCAGGGAAACCACGGAAAACCUCAGUCGUGCAGCCGGCCGAUAAUGCAGGGAU